CGUUAACUUUUAACCGAAUUUUACGUGCUGCGAAAAAUGUGUUAAGUGAAAUAUCAAGUGCACAAUUCUAAAAUGCAAAUGCUAAGCAUGUGAAGUGAACUCAUCAAUUACAUACAAACAUAACUGAUGCCACAGAUGUUGCAUGCAGCAGGCAGCAGGCAGCUAGGCAGUCUUUGCCGCUGCUCUUAGUCUAUAAACAAGAGGCAAACGAUGAGGAACAUGCCAAACUUUGGAGCGCGCAACAUGAGUCAACCAUUGGGCAUCAAAGUGUGUUGCUGCCGCGUCUUUACGUGCAUCAACUUUGGUUUUGUUUUCUCCCGCGGCGGACUGCUGAAGCUAAUGCAACUGGGCGUGGCGACGUUGAUUGAGGGAUUGCUAAUUGAAUUUGGUGUUCCAUAUGCGAACAACAUUGGACAGGCGUUGACCAGUUUUCUGGCCACUUCUGGACACUGUUUCACCACAACCGGCAUAUUGUUACUCUGCUAUUGUUUCUCCGACAAAUCCUAUUCCCUCAUACGACAGUCGCUCUUUGAGACGCUCUUCAAUGCACUGGCCUGUUUCAUGUACUUCAGCUCCGCCAGCUACAUGGGAUUCGCCUGCAUUGUCUGGCUGCAUCCGCAGUUUCUGAUACGUCCCGGCUUUUGGGCGUAUCCGGCCAUGACAGCCGCCUACUACAUGGGCUUUUUUGCUGGCUUUCUGCAUGCCAUCGACGCGUUUCUGGCCUUUAAACACUUUAGGGGAGGUCGCUAGGUCGUCGGAUUUAAGAAAUACAUACGAGUAUAUAAGGGAUUCAUUUAUUCUACAGUGUAAGUAGUGGACAACAUUCUAUUAUUGAAACAAAAGAUAUUUUCGAACAAAGCACAAAUUGCAGUUGCUUUGUUUCCACUCGAAAGUACAGUUCUCACUCGAUAAGCAGCAUUUAGUAUGAAAUACAGUAAACAUAGAUUUGAAAAUGAAAAUAGAAAAAUAGCAAAAUAGAAGUAAAACGAUUUGGAAUGCUUAACACUUAUUGAAAAGAGACAGACUGAUUCAUUGAAAACAGAGAGAGAGACUGAAAGGAAAUGUGUUCUUAAAGAGUAACUAACUAUUGUAAAUUGAUGGUAGA